CUAUUAAUUGGCGCCAAACACUCUCUUUCUUCUCAAGUACUACAUUCUCUGAGUCUCUAACCCUAAUCAAGCGCUCUCAUAUCCAAUUCCCAAAUCCUAGGGUUUUCUUGGAGAUCAAAAUUCGAGCUUUCACUUCGAAAGCUUCAACACACACAACCCAGUGAACCCCAUUAUCUGCAAUGGCGGAAUCUCGCCCCCCUAAGCGCUCCAAAAUCACCAGGGGAGAAGAUGAUUAUAUGCCUGGAAAUAUUCUUGAGAUUGAGCUUCAUAAUUUCAUGACCUUUGAUUACUUAAAAUGUAAACCUGCGCCUCGAUUGAAUCUUGUAAUUGGGCCCAAUGGUUCUGGAAAGAGUUCUCUUGUAUGUGCUAUUGCUCUUGGCCUCGGUGGAGAGCCCCAGCUGCUUGGGCGAGCCACAAGUAUUGGGGCAUAUGUGAAACGAGGAGAAGAGUCUGGCUACAUUAAGAUUACCUUGAGAGGGGACCAUAAAGAGGAGCGCCUUAUCAUUAUGCGUAAAAUAAAUACUAACAACAAGUCUGAAUGGUUGUUCAAUGGAAAUGUAGUACCCAAAAAGGAUGUUGCUGAAAGCAUUCAGAGGUUUAACAUCCAAGUCAAUAAUUUGACUCAAUUUUUACCGCAAGACAGGGUAUGUGAGUUUGCGAAGUUAACUCCUGUCCAACUUCUGGAAGAGACUGAAAAGGUUGUUGGUGAUCCACAGCUUCCGGAGCAACAUCGUGCACUAAUUGAUAAAAGUCGUGCAUUGAAGCAUAUUGAGCUGUCUCUUGAGAAAAAUGAAGGAACUUUAAAACAGUUGAAGGAACGCAAUGCCGAAUUAGAGAAGGAUGUUGAACGCGUUCGUCAAAGAGAUGAGCUUCUUGCCAAGGCUGAGUCAAUGAAGAAGAAAUUGCCAUGGCUGAGGUAUGAUAUGAAGCAGGCUGAAUAUCGGGAAGCUAAGAAACGUGAGAAUGAUGCUGAAAAGGCAUUGAAGGAAGCUGCGAAGUUAUUAAGUGAUCUUAAGGAACCUAUUAAGAAACAGAAAGAUGAGAAGGCUGCAUUAGAUGCAAAUUGUAAAAAGGUAAGCAGCCGCUUAAGUGACAAUGCGAAGAAGCGAAUGGACCUUAGGGAGAAAGAUAGCCAAUUGGAUGUGGAAUUACAAGGAAAGUACAAAGAUAUGGAAGAGUUGAGGGGGCAGGAAAAAUCUCGACAACAAAAACUUGAAAAAGCCAGGAAGGAGCUUGCUGCUGCGGAAUUAGAACUUGAGAAUCUACACCCUUUUGUACCUCCAAAGGAUGAGCUACAAAGACUGAAAGAUGAAAUUCGGAGGUUGGAUACUUCUGCUAGUCAAGUGAGACAGAAUAGGUCACAAGCAGAAAGUGAAAUAAAACAUAAAAAGUCACUCUUGAUGAGGUGUAAAGAGAGAUUGAGGGAUAUGAAUAAUAAAAGUACCAAGUGUUUGCUUGCAUUGCAAAAAUCUGGGGUUGACAAAAUUUUUGAAGCUUAUAAAUGGGUCCAAGAAAAUCGUAAUCAAUUCAACAAGGAAGUCUUUGGUCCAGUUUUACUUGAGGUGAAUGUCCCAAACCGGGAACAUGCCCGGUAUCUGGAGGGUCAUGUUGCUUACUACGUCUGGAAGUCUUUCAUGACACAAGAUUCUCGUGAUCGGGACCUUUUAGCGAAAAACCUAAAGUUCUUUGAUGUUCCAAUUCUAAAUUAUACUGGUGGUGAUGGCCACCCAAUAAGGCCUUUUGAAAUUUCUGAAGAUAUGCGUGCUCUUGGCAUCAAUUCCCGAUUGGACCAAAUUUUUGAUGCUCCAGUUGCAGUCAAGGAGAUGCUGAUUAAAAACUCAAGUCUAGAUAAUUCAUAUAUUGGAACCAAAGAAACUGAUCAGAAAUCUGAGGUGGUUCCAAGAUUGGGAAUUAUGGAUUUAUGGACACCGGAAAAUCACUACCGUUGGUCUGGGUCAAGAUAUGGAAAUCAUGUGUCCGCAAGUGUUGAACAAGUGAACCCCCCGGAUCUUCUAUCCAAUACUUCGAAUGUGGGAGAAAUUGAGAUUUUGCUUUCCGAAGAAAGGGAGCUUGAAAGACAAAUUGCUCCCUUGGAGGAAAGCAUCAAAAGAUCUCAAGAUGAGGAAAGAAGCUUACAGAAUCAAGCUGCUGAUCUCCGUAAACAGUGGGAAACCGUUAGUACUACGGCACAGAAUGAGCAAAGAAAACGUAAAGAAAUCGUUCACCGGAUUGAACAAAGGAAAGGGAUACUGAAAUCGAUGGAGGAGAAGGUUGAUAUGGAUACUGAGAUAGCAAAGCUUGUUGAGCAGGCUACAAAAUGUAACAUUCAGCGAUUUCACAAUUCAAUUAAAAUUAAGGAUCUUCUUGUUGAAGCUAUGGGUUACAGGCAGAAUGUUGUUGAACUACGUAUGUCGUUAAUUGAAUUUGAAGCAAAGAUUGGAGAAAUGGAGGCCAAUCUGAAGCAGCAUGACAAGUUUGCUCUGCAAGCAUCAUUGCACUUUGAUAACUGUAAGAAAGAGGCUGAGAAUUGUAAGCAGCAGCUUACAGAUUCCUUGAACUAUGCUAAAUCAAUUGCUCGGCUUACACCUGAGCUAGAGAAGGAAUUUCUUGAGAUGCCCACUACAAUAGAGGAAUUGGAAGCAGCUAUCCAAGAUACCACUUCUCAAGCCAAUUCAAUCCUUUUUGUCAAUCAUAACAUAUUGGAACAAUACGAGCAUCGUCAAAGACAAAUAGAAGAUCUUGCAGCAAAACUUGAAGCAGACAAAAAUGAAUGUAGAAGGUGUUUAGCUGAAUUAGAUAACAUUAAGGGGAAAUGGCUUCCAACACUGAGAAACCUUGUAGCCCAGAUAAAUGAAACCUUUAGAUGUAAUUUUCAAGAGAUGGCUGUUGCCGGAGAAGUCUCACUAGAUGAGCAUGAUACGAACUUCGAUCAAUUUGGAAUACAUAUAAAAGUCAAAUUCAGAGAAAAUGGACAGCUUCAAAUUCUCAGUGCCCAUCAUCAAUCUGGAGGGGAGCGAUCAGUUUCAACUAUUGUUUAUCUUGUUUCCCUUCAAGAUCUUACUAACUGCCCAUUUAGAGUUGUUGAUGAGAUCAACCAAGGUUGGUUACUGUUUGGAGUAAAUUGUUUCUGGAUUGACCUCACUCGCUCAAGAGACCUUUAUUUGACUUUAUUUUUACCAGGGAUGGACCCAAUAAAUGAAAGGAAGAUGUUCCAGCAACUAGUGAGAGCAGCAAGCAAGCCAAAUACACCACAAUGUUUCUUGCUUACCCCUAAAUUGCUACCAGAUCUUCAAUAUAGUGAGGCAUGCAGCAUAUUGAAUGUAAUGAAUGGCCCUUGGAUCGAGCAACCAUCGAAGGUGUGGACCACUGGUGAUCCCUGGAGUAUUAUAACGGGACAUGUCAGACAGACCCUAUGUUAAAGUAAAACACUGGAGGGGAUUAGUGUCAGCUUGUGUAACCUAGUUUGUAUUUCUCGUGUACAUUUUUGUGAAGAAGGAAACCAGCUUUGCAUGUAAAAUAACAUGUUUUUUUUUCUGGUUGUGAAUAGCUUUUUAUUUAUAUUUAUGCUUUUAUCAUAAUUAAACUCAGGGUUGAAGAAUAGCUUGUCUUUUAAUAUAUUUUAAGCUUAGUUUGUUUUCUGUA